AAGCGGCUCCGGUAAUGGGCGGGGUUUGAGAGCAGAGGGCGCCUGUGUGCAUCGGUUUCUGUUGAACGGGAUAUUUCUCUGAACUGAAAGGUGCUGUUCAUGUGAACUGGACCAGCAUUUACACAGUACUGCAGAUAUGGAGCCCAGACAACAGGAGCUGUAUUCUAGCGUACUGACUCCUGAAGCAAUAGUAGACUGGGAAGACAGAGAGAUUUUCCUUGCAGGUUCAUUGGACAAAGAGCCUUUAAAGGAAGUGGAUGAGGACAUGGUAUCAGAGGUGGAUCUCAACAACACUGUCACAGAAGAGGAGCGAGAAGAAAUGGAGAAUGAACUGACUAAGUUAGAAGAAGAAAUCACAACUUUAAAACAAGUCCUGGCCUCCAAAGAAAAGCGUCACUUGGAGCUGAAACAGAAACUUGGGAUCACACCCCUGUGUGAACUCCGACAGAACUUCUCCAAGAGCUGGUACGACAUGCAGACCAGCACUGCAUACAAAAAGACGUCGGAGACCCUGUCUACGGCAGGACAGCGGACCUCAGCGGCCUUCAGUAACCUGGGCAAUGCCAUCAGCAGGAAAUUCGGGGAUAUAAGGUCAUAUUCUCUUGGCUAUUCUAUACGGCAUUCAAUGAGCUUGCCUACAAUGAGGAACUCGCCUAGUUUCAAGUCCUUUGAGGAGAAAGUCGAAAGCACAGUUUCAAACAUUAAGCAGUCUAAAGUUGGAGGAACUGGAGGUGCGGGCAGUUUUGAAGAGGUCCUGUCUUCAGCGGCCCAAGCCAGCUCCCAGGACACCCCUAAUAACAUGACCGAGAACAAUGAAUGCUAAGGGUUUAAAUGGUCUACCAGUGAAACAUUGAUGACCCUUAAUGGUUUGGAGAGCACUGUGAAAAACUUGUUGGUGCAUUGUCUGUGCAAAAUAUUUCUUAACUUUUGCAUUGAAGAAAAACAUCCAACUGGAGAAUGUUUAUUCUUUAAGUUCUUUUCAAAAUAUGUAUAUUUUUCGAGGAGACUGUCUUUGGAUUUAGUCCUGCAUUACUUUAUUAUUUAUACUAAUUCAAUAUUGUUUAACUGUAACAAAGCUUGAUACAUUUCCAAAAAUAAUGGCUGCAUAUACAAUCCUAAGAGAAGUACUUGAAAGAAUGUUUAACAAAAUGGAUGUUAGACUUUGUUUUUCUGAAUGUUAAUGCUUUUAUUGCUGCAUGCCUAUAACUUCAGAACAUAUUUGCUGAUAACAGAUGCAAACAACUAAUUAAAGAAAGUGGAUUUACAUUUUACUGCAAUUUAUUAGCUUAUCUGAUAUGCCUGAUUUUAAAUGUAAUGUAUUGGAAACCAUAAUUGUCACUGACCAAAAAAUGUAUAGCAUUAUUGUAUCCGUUUUUUUUUUGUUUGUUUGUUUUUUCUUGAUACAUUUGUGUGAAAUGUGUUUCAGCUUUACAUACUUAACAUUGACAUUGAAGUCAAUUGUUGUUUUAAGGAACAGGAUUUUAUAGCUGAAAUCUUUCUUCAAACUCAUUCUCAGUGUUGAGAUGCCGUUCAUUAUUAACGUUAGUCAUUAAACGUUUUUUUGCAAAGUCACAGUCCAGACUCAUCAGUCAUGAAAAUAAGGUGAACUGAAUUGUAAUCAGAAACUAUAAAAUGAACAUUAAUUUGACUCUUCCUUAGUCACUAAAACAGUAAAGUGUGGCAAAGUCUCUGCAAAAAAAAAUUCACAAGAUAGAUGCUGCUCAGUUAUAAACUUUGAGUUGCUUCUAAAGAAUCUUUUUUGUAGUUUCUGCUUUGCUUUCCACUUUCUUAGUGUCAGUCACUGUUGUAAGACAAAAUUUCACAGAACCGAAUGUGUACACAAACAUAUUUUAAAAGUUGUUAUAAUUUUAGAAUUAAUUGUAUUUACAUUUCCGUUGCACUUUUCAUGCAUUUAACAAAGUAAUAUCAGUUUCAACUGAAAGAAAAUGUUGUUUUCUAUUAAAGCAUCUAUUACUGGAAUGCAGCAGAAAC